GGGUGCCAAGAAUGGAUAAGAGUUUCACGACACUUCCAACAGUUUGGUUGAUUGACGUCUACGAUGUGCGCUUUGGGAUGGAUUUGAAUUCUGUGCAGCUUGGUUUAUUGAAUCAGGAGCCCAACUUGUUGGUUUUGCUACAGGUGGUCUUUAUCGCCGAAACUUGGGCACGUCAUGUUCUACAUGUUGGUUUGUACAAGUGAAUCAGUAGAGUACUUUCGUGAGGGGGAGGUGUAUAAAGAGGAGUGAAUGUCUUCGAGAUGGGGAGAUCCUCAUACUCACAUCACAUCAUCUACAUUGCAACCACAUCUUGACUCUUCUCACACAAGAACAAACAACUUACCAACACCUCUAUCCAAACUUAUCAGAAUCCAACUUCAAUCUACCAUACACAACAACAUGUCUUCUCAAACUCAACAACCAAAGGUUCUCUUCGUCCUUACCUCCCAUGAUAAGAUGGGUAACACUGGAAAGCCUACUGGCUGGUAUCUUCCCGAGUUUGCUCACCCAUAUGACAUUCUCUCUCCUCAUGCCCAAAUAACUGUCGCCUCUGUCAGUGGUGGUGCUGCUCCUUUGGACCCCGCAUCUGUUGAAGCUUCCAAAGAUGAUGUCUCUGUCAACUUCCUGAAGAAUGAAGAAUCCUUAUGGAAGAACACUGCACCUCUUUCAGACUUCGUAGGCAAAGCCUCGGAAUUUGAUGCUAUUUUCUAUGCUGGUGGUCAUGGUCCAAUGUGGGAUCUUGCACACAACGAAACAUCACACAAAAUCAUUUCUGAAUUCCACGCCAAGGAUCGCAUUAUUGCAGCUGUUUGUCACGGCCCUGCUGCCCUUGCAUAUGCUAAACUUCCUUCCGGCAAAUAUUUGCUUGAAAACGCCCCUGUAACUGGAUUCUCAAAUACCGAGGAGGAAGCAUACGUAGGUCUUGCAAACAUGCCCUUUGAGCUAGAAACAGCUUUAGGUGAAGCUAGCAAUGGCAAAUUUGAGAAGGCUUCAGAUGACUGGGCUGCACACAUAACUGUGGCAAAUGGAGGAAAGAUUAUCACAGGACAGAAUCCGGCGAGUGCUAGCGGGGUAGGAGAGGCUAUUUUGGCGCAGUUGAAGAAAGAGGGCAAGACUGCUUAAAGUUAUAAUUGUGGCAGGCCGUUGAUUGUGUUGAUGGGAAAGCUGAAGGGCGAAAUGGAAUUUGAGACUCAUAGCGAGCUAAUGGGAAAGGACUGUAAGAUUAUUUAGACAAAUACGAGGUUUUCACACAUAUACUCACGUGUUAUUCUAUUCCCGUGAAACAAUCACAUACAUUUGUUUAUGGCGAAGAUAGUAUGUACUUUAAACAGUCUCGGGCCA